AUGGACUUUGAUUCAGUGGAGGACACACAUCCGAGAGUUUUGUUGAAUGCAUCUGUGAAGAGGCUUUGUGAUGUGUUGAAAGAUAAGUAUGCCAAGGAGAACGAGACUUGUCUUUGCUUCCCAUCAUAUGCUGUGGCUAAACGGUGUAGAGAAUACAUUACGAUUAAGGCCUCAUUACUGGAUGAGGAAACUACACGGCCUCCCAAGGUGAGAAUUUUGCAAUUGGCAACUUCGAAGCCCAUGGACGAUAAUGAAAGAUGUUGGAAACGUGAGUGUAAGAUUGCCGUGGUCUUCGUAAAGGAUACGUACCGUCCUUUAUUGAGAGAGUAUUGGAGGUUGGCGGGUGAGAUUAUUUCAGGGAGAUUGGCUGAAUAUGUCAUGCAUGAAUUAUUCAUGGUGGAGAAGUCUACAAAAGUAUUGCACACGGACGAUGAAAGCAUAAGUAAACCACUAAUUAACGAAAAGGAGGAAUUUAUUGAAUCUAGAUUUGGUAGAUCUUUGAAUUUCACAUUUGCUGAAAGAGCUAGUGAUUUAAUUAAGAAGAGAAUUACUAGAAAAGUGGUGGAUUCAGAUCUAGAAAUUGAAAGUGAAAAUAAUCAUUUUGAUGAUUCUCAUGAUCAUUAUAUGGGUGAUUACCACGAUAAUGAUGAUGGUUCAAUGCCAAUGUUUUUAGAUACAGAUGUAUCAAAUUUACAACAUGGAUUUGAGGAACAAUAUGCCAUACAUUCCACAAUUCCACCAGAACCAAUAGAUAUGGAUAAUGAAAGACCGACUACUCCCACCAAUGGUCAUAUUGCAUCAACAGCUUCUCCCAAUAUUGCCACUGAAGAACGUGAUGGCGAAACUGAACAUACUAGUUCAAGACUUUGCGUGAACCCUGAUACAGAUGUGUACCUAUUUACUAGUGGUAUGGCAUCCCUCUUUACUGCUCAUAGAUUAUUGUUAAAUUUUGAUUCACAAAGGGUAGACAGAUUAAGAUCGUCAGUUUCUGCUUCAGAGGAUGCCUCCAUUAAUUCAAACGUGACUAACAAUAACGGCAACGCAAGGGUAAUUGGUUAUGGUUCACCAUAUAAGAAAACUGCAAUGUUUGGAUUUCCCUAUGUUGAUACUCUACAAAUGCUAAAAAAAUUUAACCAUACGCAUUUUCUCCCCUUCUAUGAUUCUAAGUCACUACAGGAUCUUCAAACAAUCUUACAUUCAGGUGAACAAAUCCUUGCCGUCUUUAUAGAGGCACCAUCGAACCCACUUUUACAAAUGUGCGAUCUGAUUGAAUUACAAAAACUGUCAGAGAUAUAUGGAUUUUUCAUCGUUGUAGAUGAAACCAUUGGUGGAUUUGUCAACUUGGAUGGAUUAUUCCAUGCCGAUAUUGUUUGCUCUUCUUUAACGAAGGUAUUUAAUGGUGAUUCUAACGUAAUUGCAGGAUCCAUGGUUUUGAAUCCAAAAAGCAAAAUAUAUGAGUUUGCCCAACAAUUCUUAAAUGGGCCUGAUGGUGUUACAGACUCCAUUUGGUGUGAAGAUCUAAUAUAUUUAGAGAAAAAUUCAAGAGAUUUCGUGGCAAAGACGUUGAGGAUUAAUUAUACCACGGAAUAUUUGUUGGAUAAUGUCUUUAAACCACAUGUAGGGAAAUUAUUCAAGAGAAUUUAUUAUCCUUCCCAGAAUUCUGAGGAAAUCAAACAAAAUUAUGAGGCUAUCAAAUGUAAGAAGGAUGGUGGUUACGGUGGUGUAUUUUCAGUGACAUUCUUCCAAUUAGACCAAGCAAAGGUUUUCUUCAAUAAUUUGAAAUUGACUAAACAAAUUACUUUGGGAAACAAUUCCACGACGGUUUGUCCCUACACUAUGUUAAAGCAUAAAGAUGAAUUAGAGAGGGUAAAAGAGUACGGUUUGGAAGAUAACUUGAUAAGAGUAUGUGUAGGAUUAGAAAACAAAAAUACAUUACGGGAUAUUUUCCAAUUUGCAAUUGAUAAAGCAUUGCAAAUAUAA